GAAAGAGACUACUAGCAAAAUGACUUCAAUAUCACAGUCGACGGAUACAUCAAUAGUUGCGCCAACGGUUAAGGCCGUUAUGUAAAUAUAAUUAAUAGGCUAUUGAUAUAUCGAAAAAUUGUAGUCUAAAAUUUGUUUCGAGCCGAUUGUUUUGAAAAUGAGACAAAACAUGAUCAAUAAAUUAUUUUUAAUUGAAUUCGGGAUCGCAUUGCAUUCAAUGAAAAAAAGAUUUUCGUUCAGAAAUUUAAUCAGUCAAUGUUAUGUAAAUAGUUUGUAUGAGAAGACAUAAACUGUCAAUGUUGCAACAUUCAGCGUUGGCAACACUGUCGAACCGAAACUGCACCGCCAAAAUUGUACAUAACCUCACAUGUCACUAAACCGAUUUUCAUCGUUUGUAUAUUUCACAUCAAAACGUCUGCCGAACAACAACGCAUUAUUUGAACGAGAAGACGUGCACAGAUAACGUAUUGUGAGCAACGCCAAAAGUUUGAUUGGGAUUUAUCGUUUUUAGUGUGUGAUUUUGGUGAAAGAAAAGUGAGUUUACAAAAUGAAUAUGUUUGAAAUUACGCUCGACCAGCACAUGGAUAUGAUCGAAUAUGCGGGGAAUACGCUAGAUAAACAUGAUUUGAUAGAUAGUACAGCGCCCAGUUUAGUUGAGGUUACCGGCAUCAGUCAACAUCACAUGGCAACAGCGAGCGGUCUAUCUGAUUAUGACUAUCAGAAUCUAUCGAAUUUAACGAUGGGACUGAAGAACCUCAAUCAGCUAGAAUUAGUCAGCAAAAUUCCAAUUCCACCGGAGAUUAUGGAACAUUUCAGAAAUAUCAAAUGCCAUUGCAUGAUGGGAUUAUUCUCGGAAAUUGGUCGUGCUUGGUUGACAAUUGACUCCGAUAUUUACAUUUGGAGCUAUGAACAUGGGCGUGAUGUUGCUUAUUACGAUGGAUUAACUGAUUUGAUUGUUAGCGUUGGUUUGGUGAAGCCAAAAGCCGGUGUAUUCGUGGCCGAUGUAAAAUACUUGCUCAUUCUAACGACACCGGUUGAAAUUGUGAUUUUGGGUGUAACAUUUGGCGAUCAAACCAUUUCAUUAGCAUCAUCCAGCCCAUACGACGAGAUGCAAUUGAUGAACAAACCCAUCUUUAUCCUAAGCACAGACAACGUGGCCAUCACUACAGUGGUCGGCACCGAUGAUUCGCGUAUUUUUAUGGGCGGACGUGAUGGCAAUUUAUACGAAAUUUCCUACCAGAAUGAGCCGAGUUGGUUUGGAAAACGGUGCAAAAAAAUCAAUCAUUCGCAAAGUGUAGUGUCAUACAUUGUGCCUGGAUUUUUGAAAUUCUUUGCUGAAGAUGAUUCCAUUGCGAAGAUUGUCGUUGACUCAACGCGACAUCUGCUGUACGCAUUGACUGAAAAAGGUGCAAUCGAGGCUUGGUUCAUUGGCACGGAUGUGAACUCAAUUCGACGCAUUGCACGCGUCUCUCAAAACGAUAUCGUUCAUCAAGCCAGUGCAGUUUUGAAAACGGUUGACGCUACAGUGUUCAAACCGAUUGUAUCGAUAAACGCGCUCAAAUCACAAGACUGUCUCAACCUGCACUUGAUCGCAGUGACCCAGUGUGGAGUUAGAUUGUAUUUCUCAACAGUUUCAUUGUUGGACGUUGCCAAUGCGCAACAAUUUGCAAACGUGCCGGUAGGCGAGCGACUAGGUGAUAGCACUCAACCGAACAAUUUAUAUUUGCAGCAUGUUCGACUGCCGCCUGGCUACACAGCAAAUGCAACAAGCGGAAAACCGAAACUAGUUCAUUCCUCAUAUCAUAGUAAUGGCACAGUGUUGAUGGUUUCGUCGGCUCAACAAGAACAAGAUCUCCUGUGGUCACUGAGCUCAGAGCCAUUCCCAUUGCGACCAUAUUUGGCUGAAUCAUCAACGAUCCUUCCGUUGGAUGGGCAGGUUUGGGCCAUAGCCGAGACAAAAUCAUUGAACGAUGGAAAGUCAUUGAAAAUACCAUUGAAAAAUGAUCGAACGAAUACGAAAAUGGUGUUGCUGACAAAUCAAGGCGCCUACAUUGUGGCACUGAUUAAGCCGAUGGGUUUGCUUAUGCAACUUUUGACUGCGUGUCACGGUGCACACAACGAUGCAGUCAAAAACUAUUUCCAAGUUCAGUCUGAGCCACAGGCCUGUUUGGCAUCGCUACUCAUCGCAUGCAUGGAAGCAUACCGAGGAACUGAAAUAGGGCUAUGGGCAACACAGGCGUUCAUUUUGUACGGCGGUGAACCACAACUAGCCAAUCGAAAUCAGCUUUAUAACACGUUCAAUGAAACACAAGGCGGUAAUCCAAAUAUAAUGGUAUCAACUCCAUAUCCAAUGGGACAACAGCAGAUACCAGGACUUCCAUAUAGCCCGAUCUCACGCAAUUUGGGCGAUCGAACACAGUCACAACAGACGCAACAAUUUACACAGCCGCAAGACAUCAAAUAUUCACCGAAACACACCGGCCUGUAUUUGUAUAUGGUUCGCUUGUUGCGACCAAUCUGGAAGAAAAAGUGCAUAGUUUCAAUGGAUGGCGUUUCGUCGUUGACCCAUGAGAAUUGCUCGGAAAUAUUAAGCGAAUUGUAUGCUCUGAAAGCGUUCCUUGAGGAAACUCCUCUGAACAAUUUCUCAGAAAUUUCCUCGGCAAGUGCUAUAAACAAUGAGUACAGCCAAACGUCAAUGGUACAACAAAAGCAUCCACUAGAGAAGGCAAUUUUCGAUGAUGAAAAGCGUUCGAUAAACGCUUUGUCGCUGUUUAUCAAGCAUACAUGCGAAGUGAUUGCCCUUUGGAAGAUUUUGUGUGAACAUCAGUUCAAUUUGUUGUUCCAAUCAUUGCCAAAAGAGGAACAGACUUCUCUAUCAUCGAGCACAUUCCGUGAUUUGAUUCUCUCACGCAGCGACACUUGCGCUCUGUUCAUUGUAUCGUUAUUGAACUCAUACCUGAAUGACAAUACAACAGUCAGUUCCAUAUCAUCGAAAUUACGAGAUGUAUGCCCAACGCUGUAUCGUCAUGAAGACGCCGUUCUGUACAAGGCCACCGAAAUUUUGAUGCUAUCAAAAUCGUGUGCUGAUCCCGAAGAAAGACAGAACAAUUUGUACACGGCAUUGCAGCUAUGCAAAGAUGCAGCUCCAGAUUUGCCAUUGACCAAUAUUUGUCAACAAUUCACAGCGGCCAAAUAUUAUCACGGCGUCAUUGAAUUGUGCGCCGUUUGUGCAUCGAAGAAGGAUCCAAACAAUGCCGCCCUUCAUUUCUACAAUAACAAUGAGCCUAUCGAGGAUCAGGAGGGAUAUGCAGCAUACACAACCCGAAUGAAUUAUUACAAAUCGAUCAAAGCCAUGCUCGAUCACAUCUAUCACACUCAAAGUAUACAGAAGCAAAAUGCACAACAGAAUCAACCAUUAGCUCAAAAUGAAAAUUCAUUGAACAACAGUGUCCUCGAAACUGUUGCCCUGGCAUUGCAAACGUCAGAUCCAUUACUUCAUGUCACCAUUUAUGAAUGGCUGUUAUCGUACAAUUUUCUAUCCGAAUUGCUGAACAUUUCCGAACCAACUUUGGGCGAAUUUUUGGUGCGAUCGGUGUUGAAAUCGCCACAAAAUAUCAAAUUGGCCGAUUUACUGUGGAAAUUCUACGAGCGCAAUGGUCAACAUUCGGCUGCAACAAAGAUAUUGGUAAAAUUGGCAUCGUCGCCGAAUAGCGAACUUCAACUAACCGAGAGAAUCGAGUACUUGGCUAGAGCCGUCAUGUGCAUGCGCAGCGAAUCAAAUGGAUAUUCAUCUACCAAUGGCGUUGCACUGAUCGAUAUCGAAGACAAGUUGGAGAUCGCGCGUGUCCAGAAAAUGAUCCUUGACGCUCUCUCAGGUGUCAACAAACACGAUGCACAAAGUGCUUGUCAAAAUUUGAACUAUCAAUUGUACGAUAUAAACGAACUGUAUGCAGACUUCGUUGAACGUUUCGAUUUGUGUGAGUGCAAAUUGAAGAUCUUGCACUGUUCACAUCACAACGAUCCGCUGUUGAUUGAAUCAGUUUGGACUGAAAUCAUAAACAAGGAACUGGAAAAACCUGGAUCAAACGAAGAAAAGCUCACGCGUCUUCUGCUGAAAGUUCAAUUGUUAUCGAAAGAAUAUGGAACCAGUGGACACUGUUUCCCGUUAGCAUUUUUGGUGCACGAACUUGAGCUUCGUGCCUGUAAAUUGCGUUGUAGCCCAUCGCCUGUGCCAGAAACGAUGAUCAAUGCCAUAAAUAUUGAUGCGGAUUUGCUACUCGACAUUUACGCCAGAAUGAUUUCGGUCAACGAGAGGGUAUGGCUGAACGAAGGCAACGAAUGGCAUUUGGUUGAAUCGACUACGCGAUUGGUCGACAUGUUGACAACACAAUCACAUCUGAUCCCAAUCCGUGGUCGAACCCGCAUCGUAGCAAAGGCUCAGGAGUUGGUGUCCGCAUGCCGUAACCUCCUUUAUCCAAAGCCAAACACCGAGGCCAUGCAGAACAAACUCCAUGAAAUCGAAGCCAAACUCAAGAGAAUCUUGUAUUAGACCGUUUUUCUGCGAAAGUGUUUGAAUUUAUCAUAAAGCCAAGUUUUUUUUUUAAAUAUUAAGUUAAAUGAAAUUGAAAUAAAACUAUUGAAAUUUUUGCUACAAAAA